AUGACAGCCCCAGUAUUAAUGUUUAAUGAGGGUGCGAAGCUGGUGGUGUUCCCAGGCAGAAGGAGGAGGAAGGUUCUUCAGCCCGAGUUUCAGAGGAAUCCUUGGCUGAACAGUUCCGCUCUGGCGUUGGAGGAACUGGAGGCCCUUCAGGAAACCUCUCCUCCUCACCAGCACCUCCCCACCCUCUGCCCCCCUCCUCUACCUGGGCACAUAGGAAGCAGUCCUCUCGACAGCCCACGGAACUUCUCCCCUAGCACCCCUGCCCAUUUUUCCUUCGCUUCGUCCAGAAGAGCGGACGGCCGACGCUGGUCUCUGGCUUCUCUUCCCUCCUCUGGAUAUGGAACCAACACACCCAGCUCGACAUCCUCCUCCUCGUCUCAGGAGCGCCUGCACCAGCUGCCCUUCCAGCCCACUCUGGAGGAGCUGCACUUCCUCUCCAGGCACUUCGGCAGCAGCGGCAGCGUCACCGACGACGACGGGGGUCGGAGGUCACCGCACACCGUGCACACCCGCUCACGCUCACUCAGCCCUGGGCGUUCUCCCUGUUAUGACAAUGAGAUUGUCAUGAUGAACCAUGUUUACAAGGAACGCUUCCCCAAGGCGACGGCCCAGAUGGAAGAGCGUCUGUCGGACUUUCUGCAGGCAUUCUCGCCGGACAGCCUACCCCCACUGGCUGACGGGGUCCUGAGCUUCAUCCACCACCAGAUCGCCGAGCUGUCCAGAGACUGCCUGAGCAAAUCGCGCGAGGGCCUCAUCACCUCCCUCUACUUCUGCGAGCUCCAGGAGAACCUGGACAGACUGUUGAAUGACGCAUAUGAGCGGUCAGAGAGUUCAGAGCUGACCUUCAUCACGGAGCUGGUGAAGAAGCUCUUCAUCAUCAUCUCACGGCCCGCGAGACUACUGGAAUGCCUGGAGUUUAACCCAGAGGAGUUCUACCAUCUGCUGGAGGCUGCGGAAGACCAGGCCAAAGAGGGCCACCUGAUGAAGACCGACAUCCCCAGAUACAUCAUCAACCAGCUGGGCCUCAACAGGGACCCACUAGAGGAAAUGGUGGCACUGGAGUGUUAUGACAGCGAGGGACCGCACACCCCUGAAAUGGACGACCCUGCUGAGGGGAAGAUGAAAGCCAAGAAGCCUCCGUGUGAGUCAGACUUUCAGACCAUCAAACUGAUCAGCAAUGGAGCAUAUGGGUGGAGACUGUGCCACCCUGCUGAAGAACAUUGGCGCUCUGCCCGUGGAGAUGGCACGCAUGUACUUCGCCGAGACCGUGCUGGCUCUCGAGUACCUGCACAACUACGGCAUCGUCCACAGGGACCUCAAACCAGACAAUCUCCUCAUCACAUCCAUGGGACACAUUAAGCUGACGGACUUUGGCCUGUCCAAGAUGGGGCUCAUGAACCUGACCACCAACCUCUACGAAGGUCACGUAGAGAAGGACACACGCGAGUUCCUCGACAAACAGGUGUGUGGGACCCCUGAGUACAUCGCCCCCGAGGUGAUCCUGCGUCAGGGCUAUGGGAAGCCUGUGGACUGGUGGGCCAUGGGCAUCAUCCUGUAUGAGUUCCUCAUCGGCCUCGUGCCCUUCUUCGGCGACACCACCGAGGAACUGUUUGGACAGGUCAUCACAGAUGACAUUGUGUGGCCUGAGGGAGAGGAGGCUCUGCCCGGGGAUGUCCAGGGUCUCAUAUCAGCACUGCUGCAGACCAACCCACUGACACGGCUGGGCACAGGAGGAGCCUUUGAGGUGAAGCAGCACUCGUUCUUCAGAGAGCUGGACUGGAACUCUCUCCUCAGGCAGAAAGCAGAGUUCAUCCCCCACCUGGAGUCCGAAGAGGACACUAGCUACUUUGACACGCGUUCGGAGCGUUAUCACCAUGGGAACUCCUACGAGGAGGACGACACCACAGAGGACGAGCCUGUGGAGAUCAGACAGUUCUCAUCCUGCUCGCCACGCUUCAGCAAGGUGUACAGUAGUAUGGAACACCUCACCCAGCUGGACACCAAGGCUCCGACAGUGACCCGUCGGGAGCGCAACGGUCGCCGUGACGAUAAGAUGGCGAAGCGGGAGAGUCUGGGCAGUUUCACUCUGAGGGAGAAGGGCUGGAGGACGGGAUCGCCCGAGAUGAAGCGUCUCUCCUGCACGGAGUCGCUGUACUCUGAGGGCGACUCGAGCCCUCCUCCGCUAGGCCCAGCCACAGGAAGCUUCGCCCUGCUGGGCCAAGAGAGGUUGGCCUCUCCACUGGAGGGUGACGUGGAGUUCCUCUCCAGGCAGAGCACCAGCACAGGCACCAGGCCACGCGGAAUCUCAUUGGAGGCAGGGGUACCAGUCGCCAUGGCAAUGACCCAAACACCAGCCUCCAGCAGCAAAGAGGGAGGAGCUACUGCUACAGAACCCAAGCCAGGAGAUGUGACUCCAUCAGUGGGUCCUGCGGUGACAGGUGUGGUCCCCAAGGAGACUGUAACCAAGGACGCCAUCUCCACGGAUCCCCUGGCGCCACGGGCAACCAACGACCUGGUCCUGCGGCGGGCGAGGCAUCAGCAGCUCACCGGGGACACUGACCGACGCAGCUCCCGCCCUAGCAACAAGGUCAUCAAGUCCGCCUCGGCAACCGCACUCUCAGUCAUGAUUCCUACAGUGGAACAGCAUGGAAGCUCUCCAUUGGCCAGUCCUAUGUCUCCCCGCUCGCUCUCGUCCAAUCCCUCGUCGCGGGACUCCUCCCCCUGCCGGGACUUCUGCCCUGCUGUCACUCUCCUGCGCUCACCAAUCACCAUCCAGCGCUCGGGCAAGAGAUACGGCUUCACGCUCCGCGCCAUACGCGUCUACAUGGGUGACAGUGACGUCUACAGCGUCCACCAUAUUGUCUGGCAUGUAGAGGAUGGUGGCCCCGCCCAAGAGGCAGGGCUUUGUGCUGGUGACCUCAUCACCCAUGUGAACGGGGAGUCAGUCCAUGGAUUGGUCCACACAGAAGUGGUAGAACUCAUUUUGAAGAGUGGCAAUAAAGUCACCGUGACAACCACCCCCUUUGAGAACACGUCCAUCAAGAUUGGCCCUGCUCGCCGUGCCAACCAGCAGUCCAAGAUGGCACGCAGGAGCAAGAAGACUCCGGGGAAGGAGGCACAGGACAGUAAGAAGCGCAGCUCUCUGUUCCGUAAGAUCACCAAGCAGUCCAACCUGCUCCACACCAGCCGCAGUCUGUCUUCCCUCACACGCUCGCUCUCAUCCAGCGAGAGUCUGCCGGCCUCACCCACACAUGGACUGGCACAGGGCAUCUCGUCUCUGAGCACCUCCCCAGCCUCCAGCACGCCCAACUCCCCCCCCUCCUCCUCCUCCUCCUGCUCCUCCUCCUCCUCCAUGAUUUCCCAUCAGCCCCCUGGGCCUGGCGUUGCCGUUGGCGUCCAGCCCCCCGGCCCUCCGGCUGCGUCUCAGCAGGGGCGUCACAUGCGCCCCUCCUCCCUGCACGGCCUCUCUCCCAAGCUCCACCGCCAGUACCGCUCCGCGCGCUGCAAGUCGGCCGGGAACAUACCCCUAUCGCCCCUCGCCCACACCCCGUCACCCCCCCAGACCUCCUGCCCGGCGUCGUCCUCCGGAUCCCCCCCACCCCCACCAGGCGUCGCCACCCCACCACUGCCUGGACACCAUGUGCCCGGGAGCAGCCAUACCACCCAGGCCUUCCCACCAGCGAAGCUGCACCCGAGCUCGUCCUCCUCCUCGUCUCCGGUUAUGGUACGCCCGCGGCCGAAGAGCGCCGAGCCUCCACGCUCUCCGCUGCUGAAGCGCGUGCAGUCGGCCGAGCGACUGGCGUCCUCGCCGCUCUCCUCCUCGCCGCCCUCGGGGGCCGCGAUGAUGACCGGGUCGCCCUCGGCAACGACGGGGGGACACAGGAAGCACAGCCUGGAGCUGGGAGUUGUCGUCGGCGGCAUCGGAUUGGCCGAUUACAGGAAAGAGGGCGGGUUCCUGUGCGGGGAGCCGCCCCUGCAGAGCCUUCCGGAAACGGAGGCCGAGACGCUGGGCGUGCCCCCGUCGCCACCGUCUCCGCCGAAGACGAUGAUGACGAUGACCCCGUCGCUGCCGGAGACGGGCGUGCUUGUCAAGCCAAUGAGGAAGCUGGGCCGCCAAGAGUCUCCGCUGAGCCGAGAGGUGUUGUUCCGAGAGCGCGAGAGGGAACGCGAGAGGGAGAGGGGAAGGGACAGAGACAGAGAGAGAGAGAGAUCCUGGGACGCCACUCUGGGCAGGUCCGUGGCCAAGCUGGAGAGGACCACCCCAUCUGGAGCCGCGUCCAGCGACGCCCAGGCUGGAGGCGACAGCAAGCGCACGGACAGUAAGCCUGUAUCGGGGAACGGAAGAGCGGCGAACCCCCUGGAACCACAACAUCCAAAACCGCCAUAUCCACCACUGAGGACACACGUAGUCCAGCCCAAUGCAAACUCAGCGACUCCUCGACAGCGAAGGCGCCCGAGCAAUGGUGCUGCCCUUGAGUCCAAGGCCACCCAACCUGCCAGUGCAGCUCUUUCUCCGCCUGCUGCAAGCACUACAGAUCCCAUAAUUCUCGGCAGUGUGGCAGUCACAACAGAUCCUGCUGCAAAGACUACAGAUCCCAGAAUUCUUAGCAGUGUGGCAGUCACAACAGAUCCUGGCUCUGACGCCAAAUUCCUACCAGCCUUCUGCAGCAAACUGAGCCAGCCAGAGAAAGCAGCCAAACAGCUGCAGCCUCAGUUAGAUCGCGUUCAGGCUAAACCUGAUAGAAAGGACAUUCCAGAGAGUUCUAAGAUGGUUCCGCAGGCCCUUCCACCGGCGAGGAGUUCUGCAGGCUUAGAGACAUGCCUGGGUUCCGCACCUGCCAUUGUCUCAGAACCUUCUAGAAUCUCAAAAGCACCUGGUUUAGGUGAGGGAGUUUUGAGAAAGAAUGGCCUGAGCACCCCCACUAGGCCUCCAGACCCUAGGCUGAGGGGCUCCAUAGCUGGUCCUGUGAAGGGGCUGCUCUCCGUGGGCUCCACCCAGGUCCAGGCCCCCGUCCUGGGGAAGAUGCGUCAGGAGAAGGGCCUGUCGGUGAACUGCUACCGGGGCACCCUGGACUGGGAAGAGAAGCGACUGCUGGAGGUGGUGGAGGAACAUUCCCCCUCCCCAACCCCAAGCCCCUCCCCCACCGCCACGCACACUCCCAUCUCCAUCCAAUCACAGCCCGUCUCCCCCGGCGACCGGAGUGGCCCUGCCCAGCAGCCAACCGCCAAGAUGCCCUCCCCAGCUCCUCCUACUCCUCCGGCUCCUCCUCCCGUCGGUCCCAAGAGCCCAGGGCCCAGGGACAGGGAGAGCCCCAAGACCAGUGAGGGGAAGCAGGCAGGCCCAGCAGGAAAGCCUGAGGCUGAGGCAAGAAGUAGGCCCGGACUCACAGUAGCCGCUUCCCCAGGGCUUGUUUCUCCUCCUCCUCAACCUCAGUUGGAUAAAAGCCCCAGCAUUCCAAAGUCCACGGCCUGAUGGUUUAAGGGUGUCAAGGGAUCAGUGGGUUGAGGGUCAUCAGGUUAGAGGGAAGGGAACCUUCAUGUCAUGAUUUAAAACUUACCAGAGCAUUCUGGCUGAGACGUUCUUGACGAUGAGGACACAUGCAGACUAUCUUUCUCUCUCCUUCUCUAUCUUUCUCUCUCCUUCUCUAUCUUUCUCUCGCUCUCUCUCUAGAAUCUGAUUCUGUUGCCAUGGUGAUUUAGGGCUGUCCUUUUUAAAGUGAAAUCUGUCAUACACACCUGAUCUAACUGGUACACACCAGGAAGGUGAAUAUGUAUGUACGAGUGUACCAGUGUGUGUGUGUGUGUGUGUGUGUGUUUGUGUGUGAGUGUGUGUGUAGAUUUGCUAAUGAAGUGCUUUAACAGAUCACCUGAAGCUGAAAACUGCAAAGACCAAAAUCCAAACUCCAAACGCCGACUGAAGACGAGUGUUGAUCCAGGUCUGCCUGCUGUUGGUUUGAAAUACUCUUUUCCUGAAGAUUCCGAGUAUGAUGAUGCACACUCUUCCUUAGCGCCUCGUGGAGUACGAUCGAAGAUGUGUGUGUGUGUGUGUGUGUGUGUGUGUGUGUGUGUGUGUUGGAGUGUGGAGUACGAUCACAGAUAUGUGUGUGUGUGUGAUCACAGAUGUGUGUCUGUGUGUGUGUGAUCACAGAUGUGUGUGUGUGUGUGUGUGUGUGUGUGUGUGGAGUACGAUCACAGAUGUGUGUGUGUGUGUGUGCGUGUGCGUGUGUGCGUGUGUGUGUGUGUGUGGGGAGUACAAUCACAGAUGUUAUAAAGCGCUAUAGUCCAACAUGUGUCAACUGCAGGAACUGGGGCCCAGCUGGAGGGGACAUUUAAAGGCACAGACUUU